UUAAAGCAGAACUCGAUACAGACCGUGAUAGUCGAACGUUCGAUAUUCUUAUAGAAGAUACUUUUUAUACCGUUUUCUUCGAAAAUCAUGACGAGCUACAGCGAUAAAGGACCUCAGCCGGUUGGAGGAAAAUUCCUCAGUUUCGAUUAUAUAAAAUUCUGGGUUGGAAAUGCAAAGCAGGCCGCCAGUUUCUACCGAUGCAGAAUGGGAUUCGAACCGUUUGGAUAUCGUGGUCUGGAAACCGGCAGUAGACGAACAGCCACACACAUUGUCAAACAGAACAAAAUAGUGUUCAUGUUCGAAUCCCCGUAUGAACCUGAUAACGAAGAAAUGUCGGAUCAUCUUUCCCGACACGGAGACGGCGUGCGAGAUGUAGCGUUCAGUGUUCAAGAUAUCGAUACCAUUGUGAAGGUUGCUAAGCAGAAGGGCGCCGAAAUAGUAAGAGACAUAUGGGAGGAAAGCGAUGAAUAUGGCACCGUGAGAAUGGCCACUGUGAAAACCUAUGGUGAUACUCUCCAUACAUUUGUUGAUAGAACGAAGUAUAAAGGCUUCUUCUUGCCAGGCUUCGUGAGGGUAUCGAAGGAUGCUCUUCUCGAUCAAUUGCCGCAAUUACAUUUAAAUUUCGUAGAUCAUGUAGUGGGUAACCAGCCUGACAAACAAAUGGAACCCGUUGCGAAAUGGUACGAAGACUGUUUACAAUUUCAUAGAUUCUGGUCAGUGGAUGAUACGCAGAUGCACACGCAAUAUUCCGCGUUACGAUCCAUCGUGAUGACGAAUUGGGAGGAAACAGUGAAGAUGCCAAUCAAUGAACCCGCAUCAGGGAAGAAACGUUCUCAGAUUCAGGAAUACGUCGAGUACUAUGGUGGUGCCGGUGUACAGCAUAUUGCCCUCAAUACCAAUGACAUUAUUACAACGAUAACAAAUCUGCGUGCCAGAGGUAUGGAGUUUCUCGACGUACCUGAUAAUUACUAUGGCAUGCUCAGAAACCGCCUAAAAGCCAGUGGCACGAAAAUCGUGGAGGACUUGGAUAUACUACAGAAAUUAAAGAUACUAAUAGACUACGACGAGAAUGGAUAUCUUCUACAAAUAUUCACGAAAAAUAUGCAAGAUCGGCCAACAUUGUUUAUAGAAGUCAUACAGAGACGCAACCAUAAUGGUUUCGGCGCCGGCAAUUUCCAAGCGUUGUUCGAAGCGAUUGAAUUGGAACAAGCAAAACGUGGCAAUCUGUAGGAUAUUAAUAUUAUUGAUGUAUUCGUAAAAUUAGAAUUAUUAGCCGUAAUAAAGUAAUCCUAUGAAAGAGUGAAGGAUGAAUACUUUUGUACUUAAUUGUAUUAUUUUAAUUAUAUAAUGAGAUAUCACAUUAAGAGUGUAUUAUGUAUUAUAUAUAAAAUCCGCAUCGAGAUUUAUUCAGCACCAUCUAACACUCUGCUACAUACCACUAUUAUUAUUGAUAAUGCAUUCACAUUGUUAUAGAGCUGUACGCUUUAUCGCAUUUGACGAAAAUGUCAAGGUUUUACGUUUUCGUCUGUGGAAUAGAUAAUCAACUUGUCCGAUUAAUUCCGUAUUCUUGUAUUUAAUGGCCAACAUUUUCGUAUUACAAAAAUACACAGCAUUUUAAAUGUAAAAUAUGUUACAAUACAUUUCAAAGCGUAGUAAU